AUGGCGUCUUCAUCUGCAUCGCCUGCCACCGCGGGCGACUCACAACCGCCCCCUGAACAGACACCACAACAAACAAGUACAACGUCGCAGACCGAGAAAAAGAUUUGGGAGUCCGAAUCUACCCCUGUCUCUACAGAAACGCCAGGACCCGAGUCCGCACAGCAACAACCAAAGCAGUCGGCCAAUGAUGACUCGGACGAUGAAUCAGACUUUGACGAGUUGGACGAGGUUCUCGAUGACUUCAAACCAAAAGCCCAGGCAGAGACCCCCGCACCGCAACCCCCCACACCCGGUACCGCCGCAUCGUCCGGGGCCCAAGACGUCGACGAGUUUGCGUUUAUGAGCCAACUCGAAAAGGACAUGGCGAAGAUGAUGGGACAAGCAGCCCAACAAUCUGGCGCCCCGGACCCACAGGGCUUCGAAAGCACCAUUGACCAGGGCGCAGACGCUUUCACAAAACAAUUGGAGGACAGCGGGAUCCCGCCGGGUGACUUCAUCAAGCAGCUUUUAGCGGAUGUGAUGGCAGAGGAAAGGGGGGAGGAGAAGGGAAAGGAACAGGGGCAGGAGUCGUCGCCGUCUUCUGCCGGAGCCGCGGCGGCGGCAGCGGCGGCAGCAGCAGCAGCAACACCAACAACAGCAUCAGGAAGUGAAGCCGGAGCGGGACCCGAGUCAUUCAACGAUGCAAUCCAACAGACAAUCAACCGGAUGAAAGAAUCAGGUGAUAAGGCGACGGCCGCGGCAUCGGAAGACAACACGGACGAUCUUAUCGCACAACUCCUUAAGGCCAUGGAAGCAGGCGGUGGCGACGGGUCUGGCGGCGACGAGGGUGAUAUCACCAAGAUUUUCAUGGGGAUGAUGGAGCAACUGUCUAACAAGGACAUGCUAUACGAGCCGAUGAAGGAACUCGACACGAAAUUCGGACCCUGGAUCCAAGACAACAAGGGUAAGGGGAAAGUUAGCGAGCCCGAUAUGGAACGCUACGAGAAUCAAGCGGAGCUAGUGAGCCAGAUUGUGAAGAAGUUUGAAGAACCGGGAUAUACGGAUGAAGAUCCGAAGUGUCGCGAGUACGUGUGGGAGAAAAUGCAGGCUAUGCAAGCGGCCGGUAACCCGCCAGACGAACUCGUCGCCAAUCCUUGGAUGGAUGAUCUCAAGGGUGGCGGUGUUCCUGACUGCCCGCAGCAAUAA